AUGGCGCCCGCCGUCGCUGCUGCGGGCGCGCUGGCCAGGCCCAUGCCGGGGCAGGCGCGGCGGCCGCUCCCGAACGGCAUGAGCUGCAUGUGCUGCCCCUUGGGGUCGACGCCGGCCCCCGCGCCGCCGGGCAUGAAGCGCUCGGGCAGAAACUGGAGCGGCUCCUCCCAGCACCACGGCGUCCAGCUCCGCGCGCAGCUUCUCCAUGCAGUCCGGGUGGUUGAGCGCCAGCGCCAGCGCCCACUCCACGCUGGUGGCCGUGCACGAACGCGCGCUGUGGAGCCCGCGCUGCGCGAGCUGUGGGAGGAAUCCCGGGACCUGCUGGGCCUCCCUUCCCCUUCUCUGGACGACACCGCCGCCGCCGCCGUGCCGCGCGUCGACCUGCCCCCGACGCCGCUCGCGUUCCUCCGCGACCACGUCUCCCCGGGCCGCCCGCUCCUGGUCUCCGCCGCGGCCACCCGCCACUGGCCCGCUGCAUCGCUCUGGCCCACCGCCUCCUACCUCACCGACGCGCUCCGCUCCACCGCCGUCUCCCUCCACCUCACCCCCGACGGCCGAGCCGACGCGCUUGCCUCGCACCCGCACCCACGGCGCCCCGGACCCUCGAGGUGCUUUGCGUCUGCGCACGUCCACCGCGUCGACUUCCCUACCGCGGUCCGGCUCAUCAGGGGAUCCGACCCGGCCGCCGGCCUGGUAGCGUACGCGCAGCAGCAGGACGAUUGCCUCCGCGGGGAGUACGCGGCGGUCGCCGGUGACGUGGAUGCGCACGUGCCCUGGGCCAGUGAGGCGCUCGGCUGCCUCCCCGAGGCCGUCAACCUCUGGAUCGGCAACGCCCACUCCGUCACCUCCUUCCACAAGGACCACUACGACAACAUUUACGUCGUCCUCUCCGGCGAGAAGCACUUCCUCCUGCUGCCACCGACCGAGCACCACCGCCUCUACUUCCGCGACUACCCCGCCGCCCACUACGUUGCCGCGGAGCAGGAUACCGAAGGGGAGCAUCAGUUGAGGCUUAAGCUGGAGAUGGAAGAGCCCGAGAGGAUCGUGCCGUGGAGCAGCGUUGACCCGUGCCCUCCGUCGCCGGAGGAGAUGGCCGUGCAGGCGUCGUCGUUUCCGCUCUACUUCGACGGGCCGGCGCCGAUACGGUGCACGGUCCGGGCCGGCGAGAUGCUCUACCUGCCAAGCAUGUGGUUUCACCAUGUCAGCCAGAGCCCAGGGCCGAACGGGCUCACCAUUGCCGUGAACUACUGGUACGACAUGCAGUUUGACAUCAAGUAUGCCUACUUAAGCGCGCAGCUUCUCCAUGCAGUCCGGGUGGUGCGGGGUCUCCUUAAGCGCGCACUGACGGCGCCGGCCGUCAUGACGCCUACUCCAACACUGGCCGCGGCGACUUCGGAUGUGCCCACGACGCCGCGCCAUCUUCCUCAGCCUCGCAGGCCCCGAACGCCGCCGCAGACCGCCCGCGACGCCAACCAGGAGCUGGUGCCGAACCUCACCACCGGACACCUACCUCCUUGCCGUCGUACUCUGCCGGCUGCGCCACCCGGACUGGGACCACGCGCCGACGCGAAGAAAGCGCGGCGGGGCAACCGAACUGGUGCUGGCCUGGCCAUCGACGUUAGCCGCCACCUCAUCAGCAUGUCCAACAACACCAUCAUGCGCAUGGUGGCCAGCGCGCUGCCGGGCCACAUGACGGAGGCGGCCAGGCACUGCGCCAAGCACGUCGCCGAGCUCGUGGGGGCCUUCAACGUCGAGGACUACGUGGGGCUCUGCCGGGGAUGGGACCUGCAGGGGCUCACGCGGAGGACGCGCGAGGUGCGGGACAAGUUCGACGCGCUGCUGGAGAUCAUGAUCACGGGCAAGGAGGAGAACCGGAGACGGCAGCAUGGGCUGGGGCAGACCACCACCGCCGACAACAACAGCAAGGACCUGCUGGACAUCCUCAUGGACGCGGCGGAGGACGUGAACGCCGAGGUGAAGCUGACCAGGGAGAACAUCAAGGCGUUCGUGCUGGACAUCUUCACGGCCGGCUCCGACACCACGGCCACCAGCGUGGAGUGGGCGCUGGCGCUGGCGCUCAACCACCCGGACUGCAUGGAGAAGCUGCGCGCGGAGCUGGAUGCCGUGGUGCUGGGAGGAGCCGCUCCAGUUUCUGCCCGAGCGCUUCAUGCCCGGCGGCGCGGGGGCCGGCGUCGACCCCAAGGGGCAGCACAUGCAGCUCAUGCCGUUCGGGAGCGGCCGCCGCGCUUGCCCCGGCAUGGGCCUGGCCAGCGCGCCCGCAGCAGCGACGGCGGGCGCCACGGAGCCGUCCGCGUCAAGAGAAUGCAAUGCAAAUUUACUAGUAGCGGUUAG